AUGUCACUACAAAUGGUAACAGUCGGUAAUAACAUAGCCUUAAUUCAACCAGGCUUCUCAUUAAUGAAUUUUGAUGGGCAAGUUUUCUUUUUUGGCCAAAAAGGCUGGCCCAAAAGGUCCUGCCCCACUGGGGUUUUCCAUUUUGAUGUAAAGCAUAACCAUCUCAAACUGAAGCCAGCAGUUUUCUCUAAGGAUUCCUGCUACCUUCCUCCUCUUCGUUACCCAGCCACUUGCACAUUCAAAGGCAACUUAGAGUCUGAAAAGCAACAGUACAUCAUCCAUGGAGGGAAAACACCAAACAAUGAGCUUUCAGAUAAGAUUUAUAUCAUGUCUGUUGUUUGCAAGAACAACAAAAAAGUUACUUUUCGCUGCACAGAGAAAGACUUGGUAGGAGAUGUUCCUGAAGGCAGGUAUGGUCAUUCCAUUGAUGUGGUGUAUAGUCGCGGAAAAAGUGUGGGUGUUCUCUUUGGAGGACGGUCAUACAUACCUUCCGCCCAAAGAACCACAGAAAAAUGGAACAGUGUAGCUGACUGCCUGCCCCAUGUUUUCUUGGUGGAUUUUGAAUUUGGGUGCUCUACGUCAUACAUUCUUCCAGAACUUCAGGAUGGGCUAUCUUUUCACGUCUCCAUUGCCAGAAAUGAUACCAUUUAUAUUUUAGGAGGCCAUUCACUUGCCAAUAACAUCCGCCCUGCCAAUGUAUACAGAAUAAGGGUUGAUCUCCCUCUGGGUUGCCCAGCUGUGAGUUGCACAGUCAUGCCAGGAGGAAUCUCUGUCUCCAGUGCAAUCCUGACUCAAAUAAGCAAUGAUGAAUUUGUUAUCAUUGGUGGCUAUCAACUUGAAAAUCAAAAAAGAAUGGUCUGCAACAUCAUCUCUUUCGAGGACAACAAGAUGGAAAUUCGUGAGAUGGAAACCCCAGAUUGGACCCCAGAUAUUAAGCACAGCAAGAUAUGGUUUGGAAGCAACAUGGGAAAUGGAACUAUUUUCCUCGGCAUACCAGGAGACAAUAAACAGGUUGUUUCAGAAGCAUUCUAUUUCUAUAUGUUGAAAUGUGCUGAAGAUGAUGUGAAUGAAGAUCAGAAAACAUUCACCAAUAGUCAGACAUCAACAGAAGACCCAGGGGACUCCACUCCCUUUGAAGACUCAGAAGAAUUUUGUUUCAGUGCAGAAGCAAAUAGUUUUGAUGGUGAUGAUGAAUUUGACACCUAUAAUGAAGAUGAUGAGGAAGAUGAGUCUGAAACGGGCUAUUGGAUUACAUGCUGCCCUACUUGUGAUGUGGAUAUCAACACUUGGGUACCAUUUUAUUCAACUGAGCUCAACAAACCUGCCAUGAUUUAUUGCUCUCAUGGAGAUGGGCAUUGGGUCCAUGCCCAGUGUAUGGAUCUGGCAGAAAACACACUCAUCCAUCUGUCAGAAGGAAGCAACAAAUAUUAUUGCAAUGAGCAUGUGGAGAUAGCAAGAGCACUGCAAACCCCCAAAAGAGUUCUACCCUUAAAAAAGCCUCCACUGAAAUCCCUCCACAAAAAGGGUUCUGGGAAAAUUAUUACUCCUGCCAAGAAAUCCUUUCUUAGAAGGUUGUUUGAUUAG